CCACAUCAGAGGGCAGUUAAGGUGAAUUGGAUUGUGUUCUGGAAAAUUGGGUGGGCCCCUUUUUUAUCAUUAAAUGACAUUAAAUCAGAUGCCCUGAAAGAGGAUUUUCCCGUGGCAAUUGGUGUUAUGUUAGGAGCAGCAAAUGACUGUGAAACGAGUAAUCAGUGCCAAAAGGAUAUCAGUGUCAUUCUCAAGGGAAUUGCUGAAAGGAAACUUUGGGCUAUAAAAGUUUUAGAUGCAUCAGGAAAUCGUCAAAAUCCCUUUAUUUGGGGUGAAAAUCUUUGGUUGGGCUCUCGUGAAGCAUGUCAUGCCACGAACUCAGCUCCAUCGGUGAUUGUGAGUGAGAAUACGCCGAAAUUGAAGAAACUCCUAAAAGUCUUAUCACCAAUUGAGAUGGACUAUCGCAUCCUCACGGGAACCGUCCAUUCAGAGCAACAGAAGCAAGUGAAUGUCCUUUUUAGUGAAUCAACGGAUUUCCAAUUUGGGAUUUGUCUGCCUAAAUCAUGCACACACAGUGAGACACUGAAUCUAGUGCAGAAAUUCUACAGCAGCGGGAAUGUGAGUAAAUUCUUCGAUAUCUCGGUCACCUUCAGCAGAGUCAAGGAUUUUAGCGGUGCAACGGGUGCUGCAUUGUGGGAAAACACCAGCUACCGUGCUGCAAUAUGGAUUUUCCUCAUUAUAGCUGCACUCACAUUCCUAUCGCAUCUAAGCAAGGAAUUCUUCAGCAGUGGUGAACCGGAAAAUCAAGUUGAGCGAAAACUUAAGGCUAACAACACAACGCAUUUCCAGCGUUUCAUUUCCUGCUUCCAUUUUUCCACAAAUUUCACCAGUACACUCUCAACAAAUCUGGGAGCUGUACCAUCAGUGGCGGGACUCAAGACAUUUUCAUGCCUCUGGAUUAUUGGGAUGCACGUGAUGUACUUCAAUCUCAUCACACCGACAUUUCCGCUUGAUACGGCAAAAUUCGAUAAAAUCGGCUACUUCCUGCUCUUCCGUUCGGUGUUGGCUGUGGAUAUUUUCUUCAUGAUUUCCGGUCUUCUCAUGGCGUACAAUUUUAUACGGCAUACAGCACUCCGUGAGAGGAUUCGUGAGGAUACAUUUAGGAACAAUGCAAGACUCUAUUUGCGCUACAUUCUCCAUCGAUACCUUCGACUUGCUCCAGUUAUUCUCAUUUCAUCAAUUAUCUCAAGGAUGGUAUACCUCUAUUUGGACACGGAGAAUGCACUCCCCAUGGGAUUUUGUCCAGGUAUCGAGUGUGAAUUUUGGUACCGCAAUAUGUUCUUUGUGCAGAAUUUCUACCCAAUUCAGGACAUGUGCAAUCGCUGGAGCUGGCAUUUGGCGUGUGAUAUGCAACUCUUUGCCAUUUUCAUGGCGAUCCUCUUCAUUCAAGCCAAAUAUCCACAGCGUGGCCUCAUCAUGUUACUCCUCGUCACAGGUGGUGGUGUGCUGCUAACAUUCCUGCUCUGUAUCUACCACAAAUUUCAACUCUCAGUUUUGGGAGUAUUUGAAGCUGUGGAUACAGUGUAUACACCACUGUGGUAUCGAAUCUUCCCCUAUGGGAUUGGAAUUAUUGUUGCCAUGAUCAUCGUGGAGACACAAAAGACUGGUGUACCAGCUUUCGGGAAGCGCUCGGUUCAGCUCUACAUGGUUUCCUCCUUGGCCUUCCUUGUGUCACAAACAAUGAGCGAUGCAGCUUCAAAGGGUGUACUCUACGUGGCUUUCCUUUGGUCAAUGGGACGCUUCUUUCUUGCCGUCUUUAUGGGAUCGUACAUUUGUUUGGCACAUUGGGGCUACCUGGCGUCCUUUGCCAGAUGGGCCACCGGUCCUUUCUGUACGCGCGUCAAUAAACUCUCCUACACAAUGUACAUGUUUCACAGUGUCCUGGCGAGAUUUGCCUACGGUGGUCGUCUCCCCCCAUCAGAAAUUUCUUAUCCAAUGAUUAUUAUCAGCUAUUUGGGUGUUCUGGCGGCCACAUAUCUCUUCUCGAUAGUCUGCACAACAUUCAUUGAAGUCCCCUUCCAGAGACUCUCUGAGGAAUUCAUAAUGAAAAGUAUACGAAAGACCGCCCCGGCAAGUGAUAAGAAGAGCAAAAUAAAAUUGUGAGUAAUAAAAGUUGGUUUAUAGAGACAA